AAUGAAUGGGACUGGUCAAACUCUUCCUAUUAAGGGAAGGGGCUUCAUCAAGUUCUUCCCACUUCCAGAACAGGAUACUGUGGAAAAAUUCAAAAUAGAGCCAGUGACAAUUAACCUUGAGGAUUUGACUCCAAUCUACACCAGGAGCUCAACAAACUAUAGACAGAGGAGCUCAACAAACUCCAGACAAAGAAAUGGUCCCUACAAGGAACAGACUGAGGAGGAAGAGAUGAUGACAACUAUGAUGAUAUGGAAGAUGUACAGACUUUGGCAAUGGACCCUAAACAAAACCAAGCUCCUAGAAGAACAAAAAAAACAGGAAGAAAGACACCUACUCCAGAGCUCCAGACAAACCCGAUGGGUACAAGUCACAAAGAGCCAGACUGCACCUGAUGCAAAUGGUUUUAAAGGUUCUCUAAGUGACAAGGAAAAAGCCCUGACUAGAGCUAUGACUCCCUUAGAUGACUCUUUCAAUAGAGAGCUCCAUGAAAAUUUCAAAGAGCUCCCUACCAUACAGAGAUCCAAGAAACCAGCAGACAAAACCAGACACAAAGAACCUUACAAGAACUCUAAGGAUGAAAUCUCAGAACUAAGAAAGGAAUUGGCAAUCAUGACUGUCUUAUUUAAAGGAAUUACAGAGAAAAUGAGUGCUGAUGAGGAGACUAUGGACCAGGGAAACUCCUAA